AGGGACCACCCCCAGGGCCAGCCUCUUGCCUCUCCUGCACUCGGGCAGAUACCAGGGGGCCUGCAGCACCAGCACACCUCGGUGAAAGGGCUGGAGGCGGGGGGCCCCUGGGAACCAGCGGAGGUAGCAGAUGCCACGGCCUGAGAUGGCCUGAUGGCCAGGGCCAGUGGGACCACGGCGGGUGCCAAAGAAAAUGGGGAAUGUUGGGCCUGGGCUGCUGGGCUCCAUGCUCUUUCUGAUGCUUGGGCUGCAGCCUCUACCGCUUAGCCGAGGGAGAUCCCUGCACCACCCCCCAAACUUGAGAAGCUUCCACCUGGGCUCCAGACAUCACGGAAGCACCUGGGAGAAGCUGAAAUCCUGCGAGGGUGUCUUUGACCUGUACUUCAUAGUGGACGCGUCACAGAAGGCAAAUAAUAUUUGGAAGGACAUUAACAAAUUAGUGGAUGAAAUGGUGAAGAAGUACACAAAGUAUGGCUGGGUCUUCCUCUUCCGGGCUGGGGACACAGCUCUCUAGAUUUGGAGGUCGUAGACGUCUCUAUGGUCGGGAGCACAGAGCCCGGGGAGGGGCCUGUUCUAAAGCAGAAAGAACAGCUCAAUCUGGUUCUAUCAGGUCUCAGCACAUUUCUUGGCUCCUGCCUGUGAGUCAAGCCACAUUGUAAGGGACACAGUCUGUCCUUGAGACCUCACAGAUUAAGAAACAGGCAAACCAGUAACCAAAUACCGAGUUAAAUGGUGCCAAGGGUUAAAAGAAAUGUGCAAAGGGCUUACUUGCAACUUUAAGGGAAAAGCAAGUCUUCUUUUUUAAAAACCAAGUAUGACUUCCUAGGGGAUCUGAA